AUGAGGAAUAGAGACUACAUUUUUCAAUGUCUACUCAUCUGCCUUACACUGACGCUCCUCUUGCAAACGAGGCCAGUGAUUGCUGAUCCUACAACAGAUGCCUUCAAGAACAAUAUCACUCUCUUCACACGGAUCCUUGACAGACUUCUAGAUGGCUAUGAUAAUCGUCUUCGACCCGGCCUUGGGGAUCGUAUAACAGAGGUGAAUACCAAUGUCUACGUCACCAGCUUUGGCCCAGUUUCAGAUACAGACAUGGAAUACACAAUAGACGUGUUCUUCCGGCAAAGCUGGAAAGAUGAGAGGUUAAAAUUUGACGGGCCCAUGAACAUACUGCGGCUGAACAACUUGAUGGCCAGUAAAAUAUGGACGCCAGACACGUUCUUCCACAACGGGAAGAAGUCAGUGGCUCACAACAUGACCAUGCCCAAUAAACUACUGAGGAUUCAAGACGAUGGCACCCUGCUUUACACCAUGAGGUUGACGGUUCACGCAGAGUGUCCGAUGCAUCUGGAGGACUUCCCCAUGGACUUCCACUCAUGUCCCCUGAAGUUUGGCAGCUAUGCCUAUACAAUGUCAGAGGUGACUUAUGUCUGGACCAGUAAGGCUGCCGACUCUGUGGUGGUGGAAGGAGAGAGCUCCCGUUUGAACCAGUACGACCUGCUUGGCCAAACAGUGGGCCAAGAAACCAUCAAGUCCAGCACAGGCGAAUACACUGUCAUGACGGCACAUUUCCAUUUGAAGCGGAAGAUUGGAUACUUUGUGAUCCAGACCUAUCUACCAUGCAUUAUGACCGUCAUCCUCUCACAAGUAUCCUUCUGGCUGAACAGAGAGUCCGUGCCAGCUAGGACUGUGUUUGGUGUAACCACUGUCCUGACAAUGACCACACUGAGUAUAAGUGCUCGUAACUCCCUCCCCAAGGUGGCCUACGCCACGGCCAUGGACUGGUUCAUCGCUGUCUGCUACGCCUUUGUCUUCUCUGCCCUCAUCGAGUUUGCCACCGUCAACUACUUCACAAAGCGCAGCUGGGCCUGGGAUGGGAAGAGCAUUGUGAAUGACAAGAAAAAAGAGAAGGCCUCCGCCAUGAAGAAGAACAACGCGUAUGCCGUGGCGGUGGCCAACUAUGCGCCCAGCAUCACCAAGGACUCUGGGUUGUCCACCAUCGCCAAGGGCGGCGCCGCUGACCCCAACAUGGCGGUUGGCAAGGUGGGUGGCAAAACGGACCCAAAGAAGACUUUCAACAGUGUGAGCAAAAUCGAUAGGAUUUCAAGGAUUAUGUUCCCAGUCCUGUUUAGCAGCUUCAAUUUAGUCUACUGGGCCACGUACCUAAACAGAGAACCGUAUAUAAAGGAUAUGGUGCCCUCAACCUAG